AUGGUGUCUUUUGUCCCCCUGUUCCUGGUGAGCAUCUUGUUCCCUGCUACUCAGGCUGAGCAACUUACAAAGUGUGAGCUGCCUCAUGUGCUGAAAGACUUGAAUGACUAUGGAGGCAUCACUUUGCCAGAAUGGGCCUGUAUCUUAUUUCAUACCAGUGGUUAUGACACACAAGCCAUAGUCAAAAAUAAUGGGAGCACAGAGUAUGGACUCUUCCAGAUCAGUAAUAAAUUGUGGUGUGGGAGUAGCCAGAUCCCUCAGUCAAGGAAUAUUUGUGACAUCUCCUGUGACAAGUUCCUGGAUGAUGACCUCACUGAUGACAUAAUGUGUGUCAAGAAGAUCCUGGAUAUCAGAGGAAUUGGCUACUGGUUGGCCCAUAAAGCACUCUGCUCGGAGAAGCUGGAACAGUGGCGCUGUGAGACAUUGUGA